GUUUCUGCCUCGCUGAUCAUUACAGCUCAUUUCCCAGCUCUUCAGGAAAAGGGUUGUGAAUUGGGUCUUGGGUCUAGUUCCACAUAGCCUCCGAUGGGACGGGGAAGCAUUUACAAAAGGCGCAUGAAAGUUGGCACAUUGGCCUUGCUUAUAUACCUUGAUUACAAGGCUUUGCAGCAAAGAGACAAAUGGAUUAGCAAAUCUAAAAGUGCUGCUUUAUGGGAAAAUGCUCAUCAGAGGAAUGCUAAACGAGUUCUCAGGUUGAUAGUACAGUUGGAAGGUUUGUGGGUGAAACUUGGGCAGUAUCUGUCUACAAGGGCAGAUGUUCUUCCUGAAGCAUAUAUAUCUCUUCUCAAGCAAUUACAGGACUCUCUACCCCCUCGUCCUUUGGAAGAGGUUUCUCGAACUAUACAGGAAGAGUUGGGGAAAUCGAUGGAUGAGUUGUUCUUAGAUUUUGUCAAAGUCCCUUUGGCAACUGCAUCAAUAGCACAAGUCCAUCGCGCAACCCUGCUUGAUGGGCAGGAAGUAGUUGUUAAAGUUCAGCAUGAGGGCAUUAAGACAAUCAUAUUGGAGGACUUGAAGAAUGCAAAGUCAAUUGUUGACUGGAUAGCAUGGGCAGAGCCUCAGUACAAUUUCAACCCUAUGAUAGAUGAGUGGUGCAAAGAAUGCCCAAACGAACUUGACUUCAAUCAUGAAGCAGAGAAUACUCGAACAGUUUCUAAAAAUCUUGGCUGCAGAAGCAAACAUGAUGAUAACCCAAGUGCCAAUCAAGUGGAUGUUUUGAUACCAGAAGUUAUUCAGUCAACAGAAAAAGUCCUCAUUUCGGAGUUCAUGGAUGGCAUUCGUUUAAACGACAUAGAAUCAUUUGAAGCAUUUGGUGUCAACAAACAAAAGGUUGUUGAAGAAAUCACACGUGCGUAUGCCCACCAAAUAUACGUUGAUGGAUUUUUCAAUGGUGACCCUCAUCCUGGAAAUUUUCUUGUGAGCAAGGAACCUCCUCAUCGUCCUAUUUUGCUUGACUUUGGACUUACUAAGAAAUUAUCAAGCUCUCUGAAACAAGCAUUAGCAAAGAUGUUCUUGGCAUCUGCUGAGGGGGACCAUGUUGCUCUGUUGUCGGCUUUUGCAGAAAUGGGACUUAAGUUGCGCCUUGAUAUACCAGAGCAGGCAAUGGAGAUAACGACUGUAUUCUUCCGUAGUACUACGCCACCAAGCGAGUCUUCUGAAACGAUGAAAGAGUUGGUGGAUCAAAGAGAAAAAAACAUGAAGGUCAUACAGGACAAGAUGCAACUUAGCCGGAGAGAGGUCAAACGCUUUAAUCCUGUUGAUGCAUUUCCUGGUGAUAUUGUAAUUUUUGCACGAGUCCUCAAUCUUCUCAGAGGGCUUUCUUCCACAAUGAACGUCCGCGUUGUAUAUCUAGAUAUUAUGAGACCAUUUGCUGAAUCCGUUUUACAGGGAAGCAUUAAUAGGGGACCAAUGGUUAAUGAUCAGUGGAUCUAUGACACACCUGCCCUCUCUGAUGUGGAGGCGAAGCUGAGGCGACUCUUACUUGAGAUGGGGAAUGAUAAUAAAAUUCUUGGAGUUCAGGUAUGCGCCUACAAAGAUGGAGAGGUUAUUAUUGACACUGCAGCUGGAGUGCUAGGUAGAUAUGAUCCUCGUCCAGUUCAGCCUGACAGCCUUUUUCCAGUUUUUUCUGUGACAAAGGGUAUAACAGCUGGAAUGCUACAUUGGCUGGUUGACAACGGAAAAUUAAAGCUUGAAGAAACUGUUGCAAGUAUUUGGCCAGAAUUUGGAUCAAAUAGAAAGGAUCUCAUAAAGGUUCAUCAUGUGCUUAACCAUACAUCUGGAUUGCACAAUGCCUUGGCAGAUAUUGGCAAAGAAAACCCUUUACUUAUGGCUGACUGGGAGGAGUGUUUGAAUCGCAUUGCCAUUUCAGUACCUGAGACUGAACCUGGCCAGGAGCAGUUGUAUCACUAUCUAUCUUUUGGGUGGAUAUGUGGUGGAAUCAUUGAGCAUGCAUCUGGGAAAAAGUUUAAGGAGAUUCUGGAGGAAGCAUUCAUACACCCCUUACAAAUUGAAGGGGAGUUAUAUAUUGGAAUCCCUCCAGGUGUGGAAUCUCGACUGGCAACCCUAACCACUGAUACAGACAAUCUGAAGAAGGUUGCAGGGCUGAGCGGUCGUAAAGACCUACCUUCCACUUUCCAGGCGGACAACCUUGUGCAAAUUGUGAGCAUGGUGCCUCCUUUAUUUAACAUGCUGAACAUUCGUCGCGGCAUCAUACCUGCAGCUAAUGGACAUUGCUCAGCCCGUGCUCUUGCACGAUAUUAUGCAGCCUUAGUUGAUGGUGGUGUUGUUCCACCGCCUCAUUCUUCUCCCUCUAAACCAGCUCUGGGUAGCCACCCUCACAUUCCCAAAUUUCCUGCUGAAUCAUCAUCUAAAAAGCAAGGUAACAGAAGCAAGAAGCUUGCUGCUGCUUUGAAGUUGAGGACCAAGAAAUAUGAGCAGGCCCCUACUAGUGAUCCUGAUAUUGUUAUCCCCAGUAGUACCAAUAGGAGCAGUAACAUUACUAAUGUAACUGAUCCCGGUUCCAUUCCUCAAAAAGGUAAUGCCGGUAAGAUCUUCAGCAACCCCAGAAUCCAUGAUGCUUUCUUGGGUGCUGGCGAAUAUGCAAAUUUGGCCAAGCCAGAUGGUGGAUUUGGACUUGGGUUCAAGAGAUAUCAUUCAGAGGAGGGUUGCCUCAUUGGCUUUGGGCACUCAGGCAUGGGUGGAUCAACCGGUUUCUGUGACAUCAAAAAUAGGUUUGCUAUUUCUGUAACCUUGAAUAAAUUGUCAUUUGGUGCCGAGACUGGGAGAAUCAUCCACCUUGUUUGUUCAGAGUUAAACAUCCCGGUGCCACAGGAUUAUGUGAGACUUGCAGAGACGGCACUCGAGGGACAGUCGGAUUCUGUAAGACCUUUGAUAAACUGAGAGUGAAUUAUUUCACUUCAUUGUCAUUACAAUGUUACUUUCUACAGAUGAAUGAAUGUAUACGACUUAUAGUGAUUCUAAUUUACAGAUGAAGGUAGUAUACAUCUAUAUGCUAAAUAU